UUAAAAGGACUUGAAAGGACUCGAAACUCAAAAUGCAGGACUUAGGACUUGACUUGAGACUUUCCAGUCUUGACUUUGGACUUGACUCGGGGCUUGCCUGUCUUGACUCGGGACUUGACUCGGACUUGAGGGCAAAGACUUGAGACUUACUUGUGACUUGCAAAACAAUGACUUGGUCCCACCUCUGGACAAUACUGACUGCUUUUUAAAGAGAGUGCGGCUUUCUGCAGUCGAAGAGAAUUUGACUACAUCUGGCCCACAUUGCAAGAUUUCCAAAACGCAGUACGUUAUUUCUAUGGGCCCCGUUUCCUGGUUUGUGUUUGUGUAACCCCUCAUGUGAGACUGAAAGGAACUCAUUAUACGCAUAAAUCGGCGCUCACAUGGAAUUACAUAUGUACUGUAAUCCCUCGCAGGCACGGUCAGCAUAAAGGUGCAUUGUACCAUUACGUGACGCUAACGUGCGCGGAGAAGUGGGCGGUGCGAGCGGCGUUUUCCAUUAAAAAAAUGGGACCCGGCAGGUAAUCGGAUUAGAUUUGAGUUGGGUUCAAAUGGGGGAUUGAGAGAGCGGGAUUUGCACUCCGGCACAAGUGGCCUAGCACAGCCCAUCUCCUCGCCCACCGAGAGUGAAAUACGACGAAGCCAGAAUGCCUGUGGAUCUGAACGGAUACUGGAAAAUGAUCUCCAACGACAACUUUGAGGAGUACCUCAAGGCUCUAGACGUCAACGUUGCCAUCAGAAAAAUCGCCACUCUGCUGAAGCCCGACAAGGACAUCGCCCACGACGGGGAUCACAUAAUCAUCAAAACCCUCAGCACCUUCAAGAACUACAACAUGGAUUUCUAUGCGGGCAAAGAGUUCGAGGAGGAUUUGUCCGGCGUGGAUGACAGGAAAUGCAUGACCACCAUCACCUGGGAGGGAGACAAGCUGGUGUGCGUGCAGAAAGGGGAGAUCGAAGGACGAGGCUGGACCCACUGGGUGGACGGAGACGAGCUUCAUCUGGAGCUGAGAGCUGCAGGGGUGGUCUCCAAGCAGGUCUUCAAGAAGACAUAAAGUACCUUCUCGAGCCAAGCAUCCAGUCCAUUAGGUAGUUCUCCCUAACCUUAGGAUCUCCAUGAACCACACCUUCACUGCUUCCUCCAUCAAUAGCUGCCCUGCUGUGCAUCGUGUCACAGCCCAGAAACACUGACUCGGGGGUGGGUUCUUGUUCAAUGAGCACAUGUGGAUGCAUUGAAGUGAGUCCACCAGGUCCAUCUUAAUAAAUUGAUUAAAAAAUUGCCUUUGACUGUAGUUAAGGGACGCCAGCCUUCAGGACCAAGACGUGUGUGUAAAUAUAUGAUAUCCCUCCCAGUUCUUAUUGGACUGUGACACUGAUCAAACCAAUCAAUAAAAGAAAACAAACA